AUUAACGAAAAUGGAAAGAUAUGGACAACCCCGAACUAUCUUAUUAGGCAAAGGUAAAAGUUCGUUGAUAACGAGAAAAAUUAUAAGCAAUUGCAUUUAUUGUAUGGGUUAAUUUAUUCCUACAUUCAAUUUGCUCAUUGUUCUUUUAAAAGAAAUCAUACAAUUUUGAAGUCGAUGAUUUUUUUCGGGUCUCCGUUGUAAAUUAUCGUAAGAAACUAGGGAACAAAGAAGAAAAUAGUUACAAUAAUUCACACUAAAAAUUAAUAAUUAAAAAUGUAGUGGAGAAACGCCCAUGUGGUUUGCGUUUUUUGUACGUGACCUUCUUGAGUCAUAUCUCUACAUACCGUAUCCCUAACAACGCCCCUAAGAAAGCAAAAACCCAAACAACAGUCUGUGAUAAUUACUUCAUUCAGAACUGGGAGUGCUAUUCACUAAGCUAUAUAAUUUGUGUGUCUGUAUUCGACUAUUCAUUGUAUUUUUUUGGCUAAGUAAGUAUAGAAAUAAAUUCAAAAUGGUUGCCGGCUGUGGACCAAAAAUCGCCAAGCUUUUCUUAUUCAUCUUCAACUUUAGCAUAUGGGCAGCCGGUAUCGCCCUUAUAACCGUCGGGUCCUACGUGACUGCCAAACAGGCAGACUAUCAAGAGCUAUUUGCGGAGGACACCUUGGUGAUUGUUUGUGCUUUGACAAUAGCCAUAGGAUGUUUCACUUUCAUUGUGGGAUUCUGCGGGUGCUGUGGUGCAAUGAAAGAAGGCGUCUGCCUCUUGAAAUUGUACUGGUUCUUGAUGCUGCUAAUCAUUUGCGGGGAGAUUACUGCAGGUGUCUUGGCAUUCGUUUACAAUGAACAGAUUGAAGAAAGCAUGUUGAAAGGAAUGACUACAACUAUUAAUGAAAGUUAUCCAGAAACAGAAGCAUCUAGGGAAGCAGUAGACGGUGUCCAAGAAGCGUCGAAGUGUUGUGGUGCGAGUGGAUACGAUGAUUACCUAGGCUGCAAGAACUGUCCUAUAAACGAAGCGGUACCCGAGUCGUGCUGCAUACCAGUAGAGGACGGCGGAGAUUUAGUGCAAUGUAAGAUUGGUCCAAAAGGUGUGCCACUUUAUCCAGAUCUCGUCUAUGGCGUGGGUUGCGUUGAAGCAUCAAUUGAAAUAGUUCAGGACAACUUUAUUCUCAUUGGCGCAGUUUGUAUGGCUCUUUUGGUAUUUGAGAUUCUGACAAUGGUCUUCACCUGUUGCGUAAUCGAUGGCAUACAGAAGGGAGAAUUUGCUUGAGUCGAUAAUCUGGAGCAAGCAAAUUCGGAUUUCCAUGAAAUUUAAGUGACUGGUUAAUUAUUAUAAACUUACUAAUUGACGUCUAUUCAUGCCGGUUAAUUCAUUCGUUUUAAGUGCAUAAAUCAUAUACUAAUUAUGUACGUCGUAAAGAGGGGGGGGGGGUAAAUAAUGUACAAUAUGUGAGCAUAAUUUAUGGACAUAAUGAUUAUAUGCUAUGUUUUUGGAAGAUGUUCUUUUUUUUAUAAACGCAAGCCGCUUCAAAGUUACCAUGGAAACCUGUACAAAAUAUUAAUGAUACCCGUCAUUGACACGAAAGAAUAGAAAAUAAUUAAUUACGAUAACAAAUACAGCAAUUAAUGAAUAAAAUCAUACAUAGCUUCAUGCGUAGGCAGUUUGUCUAUGAUAGAUUUAAAACUGAAACAUAGAGGGCGUGAUUUCCUGCUACAAACCUAAACUCAGAUCCAGUUAUAGCCGACAACUUCAGCAGUUGAAUUGCGUUGCAGCGUUGAAAAAUGCAAGCCUAAUCGGCAAAUCGUAAACAUAGUUUUCGUUUUCCUCCAUGCAUAUGCUGUGGACCCAAGCCAAUUAAUUAUCUCCUUCCGUCUACAUUAUGUCCAUCGAUCUGACGAGUGCUCAGUCAUGUCGUCAACUUUUUUAUUCUUUAUUUAUAUCACCUGUACUAUUUUCGAAUAAUUGUAAAUAUGAAGUGAUUUUAAUGUAUUUUAAAAAAAGGAAGGUAAUGGCUAUAAAAUGGAUAUCUUUCCCGGAACUAAGAUUUAUGAUGCAUGCUUUGAAGAAUACAUGUUUUGCUUCACAUUGAAUAAGAAAGGAAAACGCAUUGUGAGGCCAUUAACGUUUUUUAGCCAACAUAUUUUGUUGCUUUUUAUUGUAAUUUUGUACUACCACCCCAUUCCACAGAGGGUAGACCUUUAAGGACCUUCGAAAGACCAAAAAAUUGGCAAUGUCUUACAGCAGUCUCCUAGAUUACUGAAAUUCGUCAUCUCUGUGGAAUGGCUCAGAAAGACCCAUCAAGGAACUCUGAAGAAGGGAUUGGUACUUCUUGUCUUACUGGGCUUAGACUGUCUUAUAUAGAGAUCUUUCAAUGGUCUUUCAGAGAUCUUUUAUGCAACAAGUGAUCUUUCAUAAUUCUUUCCAUGGGCUUUGCCUGGUCUUUCAAUGAUCUCUCAUGAGCCUUACAGUGAUCUCCGCAAAAAUCUUGAGAGACUGUCGAAAGAUCAUGGAAAGACUAAUCAGAACUUUGAAAGUUCAUCGAAAGACCACUGAAAGACUGCUGAAAGACCACCAAAAGACCAAUUUACUGUAAGACCGCUGAAAAAAUUGUUAUGAACCUUUUAAAAAAGUUUUGGUGCUCAUGGAGACUAUGAAGACCACUGAGAGAUCCACCAGGAAUCCUGAAAGACCUCGGAGACCUUUGAAAGUUCGUUGAAAGACUUUUGAAAGAUCAAGCAAGUUUCAUGGUCUUACAGCAGUCUUCAGAGGUCUUGCUCUCUGUGGAAUGGAGGUUGUAGGCUUAUUAUACAUGUAGAUGUAUACCAUAGUGAUUAUAAUCAUAUUUGUGAUGCUACUUGCUCGUGAUUAUGUGAGCAUCAAAAUCUUCAUGACUUUUCGCUUAAAUGAAGAAAAUGCAAUUGGCUACCAUUUCAAAGGAAAUUGAGGUCGUUCAGCUUAUAUGAAUAACGAAUUCUCUGAAUUUUCUGAGUUUUAUUUGGGAGCUUGGAUAUCAUGCAGUGUUGCAUGUGUAACUAAUUUGCGUGAUAUUUUCGUAUACUUUUACUUUUAGAUAUAUUACUUAAUCAUCAUUUUAUUAAUAUAAUGUCUGUAUCGGUAGUCAAGUUACAUAGGAAGUCAAAAUAUGAGCAAACUUGACAGUUUGAAAAUCCAUUCUGGAUGAUAUCUGAUAUGCUGCCAUCACAUGCCUGUAGAAUGUAGGGGUAUUUUUUUUCUGCCCAAGCUGUACCAAAACAUUGCGAUGAAGGUUUUUUUUGCCGAUAUGUAUAUUGUAUAUCGUGAUAUCAAUUUUUAGCUGAUUUUGAUAAAACCUUUGUACAUAUACCAAAUACUAAUGUAGGCAGUUACGUCAUGAAGGGAGCAAAUAAAAAAAGAAGGAGGUGGAAUUUUAUGAAAUAUUUUGUAGUUGUUAUUUUUCUACCGCUGUACCGAUGUUGGUUCGAUAGUCAAAUAUACAAUGUGAGAGAAGGAGAGAGAGGAGGAAGGGGGAGCUGGAGAGGAAGAGAGAGAACGAAAAGUAGAGAGAUCAUGACGGGGAUGAAUCGUAUAAUGAUGGAGCGGAAUAAUGCAAUAAAAGAUGAGUAUAAUCAUUC